GAGAGAACCUAAACUGCAGUCAAUGUUGAGCAUUACUGGUCUACCUUACCUCGAAACUUUAUUGUAAUAUUUUGGGGGAUUUUAGCAACUUUUGUAAAAAUUUUCCUUUGGGAUUUUAGUAUCACAUGAGAGAAAAAAACAACAAUAGUUGUGUGUACCUUACCUAAUUUUUCUAGGUAAAUGUCAGCUUUUUGCUUCUGAUCAUCAUUCCACAGGUCAUUGGAGUUCAUAACCAGCAGAAUGAAUUCUGUUUAUUUCUGUGGACGAUUGCAACGCGUCAACUCGUUAUUUCACGAGGCUCACCAGCAGAUGGCGCAGCGGUAUCAGCUUCAUUCAGCGGCCAGUCCGGCGUCCCUGCAGACUUUCACUGUGGCCGAGCGCCUGGCAGAACUCAUCCUUGAGGCACGCUACGGGAAUCAGCAAAAGCAGCGUCGCAGUCGCACCGCCUUCAGUGUGUCCCAGUUACAAGCCCUCGAAAAGGCUUUUCAGCAAACCCAGUAUCCAGAUGUGGGCAUGAGAGAGAGACUAGCAGUUUGCAUCAACCUCCCAGAAGCCCGUAUACAGGUGUGGUUCAAAAACAGACGUGCCAAAUUUAGAAAAGGUCAACGCUUCGCACCCCUUUCCAAAGAAGAAAGCCAAUUGCAUUGUCCUGCUACUAAACAACGGAAAGAAAUGGUGAAGGACCAGGAGAAAGGCUCUAAUUCAAAAUCUCAUUCACCUUUUAGGGAAAACAACACAAUUCCUUCCUCAUCAGACUCUAUUCACCCUCAUUCCCACCCCAGACUGCACUCCUCUGCUGUUCUUCCAUUCGUUAAUGAAGAACACUACCAACAACCAAUGCCUCAUGGUCUUGGGCUGCUGUCUGCAGGUCUGCCUUUCUCUCCUACAUAUUUGCCUGUAAUGCAACAGCAGCACAGCACAGCUGUCAAUCUCAUGCCAUUAGGAAAAUGCAACACUCUCAUGCUUCAGUCUGCCUGUCAAUCUAAAUCUUUGGUUCACCACCACUUGGACAUGUAGCCGUACCACCAACCAAUAAAACCCACUGAGCCAGUUAUCCUAAUUAGGAUUGUGAAGAGGGAACAGGUGUUCCUGUGUUCCUCCCCCCACCACAACAUCAUAACCUUAACCCUCAGAGUAACAGAAGGGUCUGGAUCUGUAUCUUUUUCUGCAAUUUUCAUUAAUUGGUUUUGAUUGCAUUUUUACAAACUGUUUUUUUGUGAACUUCCAUGCAUAGCUUAGAGCAUUGUGAGAAAAAUGUUGUGUUGCACAUACAUAUUUGAGCACUUUGUAGAUUUUUUUAUGAACAUAUGAUCAUUUUGAAUACAAAUAAACAUGAGAAACAUCUGAAUCAGCA